AUGACAGUAAUAAUCCGCUGCUGCUCUCGUUUCUCUUCUCCACCCUCCUCCGAUCACAUCAUCUCCGCCAAACCCCAUCUUCCAGUUGGAAAAUUGGCGUCUCUUCUGUUUAAAGCAGAGAAGCUUACAUCAUCAUUUGGAGAUGUUUCAAGUAUACUAUCUGCUUCUCGCCAUAAGUUGCCAGGCAGGGAAAGUAUGCACAUAAGGCCUGCAUCAGAAGGGCAUAUGAACAUCAUUCAAGUAUCACCUGUUCACGACAACGUUUUUGAAAAAUCGUCAGCUCAUCAGGGAAACAUACAAUUGAGAUCCUCAGUAAUGGCGUUUCUUGCUACUAAUGCGUUAAUGUGGACUACCCCUUUUGAAGCUUUGGCUGAAACAUGUGAGGCAGAUAGCUCUAUCUUCAACAUGCCUUUGCUACUAUUUGUGGCCCUUGUAGGGGCUACCGUUGGAGGGUUGCUUGCACGGCAGAGGAGAGGGGAAUUGCAGCGACUGAAUGAACAAUUACGCCAGAUCAAUGCAGCUCUAAGAAGGCAAGCCAAGAUUGAGUCGUAUGCCCCCGCCUUGAGCUAUGCUCCGGUUGGUAGUAGAAUACAAGAGAGUGAAGUGAUUGUUGAUCCAAGGAAGGAGGAAUUGAUUUCCCGAUUGAAAGCUGGAAAGAAUUUUUUAAGGAAUCAAGACCCAGAGAAAGCAUCUGUGGAGUUUAAGUCAGCUCUUGAGCUUGCUCAGAAUCUGAAGGAUUCAACAGAGGAGAAGAAGGCUGCAAGAGGUUUAGGAGCCUCACUGCAAAGGCAGGGUAAAAGUCGUGAAGCCAUUAGAUAUCACUCUAUGGUUCUUGCAAUCUCCGAGCGAGAAGGAGAGGACUCCGGGAACACAGAGGCUUAUGGAGCAAUAGCUGAUUGCUACACUGAACUUGGAGAUCUUGAGCAAGCUGCCAAAUUUUAUGACAACUAUAUUGCACGGUUGGAAACAGACUGA